AAUAUUUUGAAUAUUUUUACUCACAUCGUACGAUCUCUGUUUCACCAGGUACCGGACAUAGGAGCCGAAUUAACGGGCGGCUGUUAUGGUUUCGCGGCGAAAUAUAUGCAUUGGCCCGAGGAGCUGCUCGUUGGCGGUGCUAAGCACAAUAAGACCGGUCACUUGACCCGCGCAGCUGCACUCCAGACCGUUGUUCAGCUAAUGGGAGAACGAGAGCUUUACGACUUCUUCGCUGACACCUACAAGGUACACCAUAUCGACUGGUCCCAGGAGAAGGCGUCUCAGGUGCUCGCGAUCUGGCAACGGGCAUUCAGCAAUCAAGUGAAGAAGUAUCUGGAGGCGAACGGCUCGGCGCCGUACAAUUUGUACGCGUUCAGCACGACGACGAUGAACGACAUACUCGGAAAGUACAGCGAGGUGUCCGUCAUGAAGAUCGCCAUUGGUUGCGCGCUGAUGCUACUGUACUCGGGCGCAGUGCUUCUUCGAUGGAAGGAUCCGGUGCGUUCGCAAGCUGGCGUGGGUAUAGCCGGCGUGAUGUUGAUCUGCGCAACGGUGGCAGCUGGUUUGGGGUUCUGCGCCCUUCUGGGAAUCCCGUUCAACGCGGCUACCACUCAGAUAGUGCCCUUCUUGGCCCUGGGGCUCGGGGUGCACGAUAUGUUCCUACUGACGCACACGUACGCCGAGCUCUCUGUGAACGAAGUGCCUAGCGGCGAACAAACCGGGGUAGUCCUCAAGAGAACAGGCCUCUCUGUCCUCCUGGCAGGUAUCUGCAACGUCUCGGCCUUCUUCGCGGCGGCGUUGAUCCCCAUCCCAGCCCUGCGAGUGUUCUGCUUGCAAGCCGGUGUGUUGCUGCUGUUCAACCUAGCCGCGAUGCUCCUCGUCUUCCCAGCUAUGGUCAGUCUGGACCUUCGAAGACGGCGUUCGGGUCGAUCGGACAUAUUCUGUUGCUGUUUACCGUCCAACGUCGGCAGGAACAAGUACACCAACAGGUCCAACAACGGCACGGCGAAACAAACUGUGACCAGAGCGAUUCCUCCCGAGCGUCGCGAGACGUGCACGCAGAUCCUGACGUCGCAAAACGCGCAGAACGAGUCCUGGGUGGGUGGAAACGUCGACGUGGAGCUGGACAAGCACUGCACCGAGGAGGACACUCUCACAGGAUGCAGCCAGGACGACUGUCUCAGCUUUUCUCUGACUCGGUUUGCCGCGAGGCAUUACGCUCCCUUCGUCACCAGGCCAGCAACCAAGGUAUUCGGGAUGAUGAUACUGAUCGCGGUUCUAGCUGGAAGCGUUUGGCAGGCCAUCAAGGUCAACGACGGCUUGGAGCUGACCGAUCUGGUCCCCCAGAACUCCAACGAGCACGCUUUCCUCGCCGCCCAGUCCAAGCACUUUGGCUUCUACAACAUGUACGCCGUCACCGGCGGUGAUUUCGAGUACCCUAACAACCAGAAAUUGCUGUACGAGUACCACGACGCGUACAUGAGGAUAAAGAACGUGAUCAAGAACGACAACGGCGGGCUGCCGGAGUUUUGGUUGAGUUUGUUCCGAGACUGGUUGAAGGGGCUACAGGUCGCGUUCGAUAAGGACUACAGCAACGGCUGCAUCACGCAGGAGAGGUGGUACAAAAACGCCAGCGACGAGGCAAUCCUCGCUUACAAGUUGCUGGUCCAAACUGGCCACGUCGAUAAUCCCAUAGAUAAAUCGCUGGUCACACAGGUCAGGCUGGUGGACUCCGAGGGUAUCAUCAAUCCUCGAGCGUUUUACAAUUAUUUGAGCGCAUGGGUGUCGAACGACGUGCUGGCUUACGGCGCGUCACAAGCGAACCUGAGGCCCGAGCCACGUCAAUGGAUCUAUACCAACGAUCACGAGCUCAAGAUCCCUAAAAGCAAUCCUCUUACCUACGCGCAAAUGCCGUUCUACUUGCACAAGCUGGGCAACACGCAAGAGAUCACCGAGCUGAUCGGCAGCGUGAGGAAACUGUGCAGGAAGUUCGAGGAACGUGGCCUGCCAAACUUUCCAUCCGGCAUACCGUUCCUGUUCUGGGAACAGUACAUGGACUUGAGGAGCUGCCUGGGCAUCGCUCUGGUAGCUGCUCUGACAGCCAGCGUCACGGUUGUCGGUAUACUCCUGUUAAACUUGUGGGCCGCUUUGUUGGUUGGCACCUCUCUCGUCGCUGUUGUCUUACAACUUCUUGGAAUCAUGGGCCUCUCCGACAUCAAGCUGAGCGCCGUUCCAGCCGUGCUCUUGGUUGUCAGCGUUGGAAUCGCGGUGCACUUCACGGUGCAUAUUUGUCUGAGCUUCGUCACAAGCAUUGGAAGCAGGGAUCGAAGGAUUCGCUUGGCCUUGGAACACAUGUACGCGCCUGUAAUACACGGAGCAGUGACAACUUUGCUGGCAAUCGUGAUGCUAGCCUUCUCCGAGUUCGACUUCAUCGUUCGAUACUUUUUCCUGGUGCUGAUCUGUCUCAUUGGCAUCGGCCUGGUGAACGGGCUCUUCUUCUUCCCCAUUCUGCUAUCUUUGAUUGGCCCAUCUCCAGAAGUAAUACCUAACGAUCAUCCGGAUCGUAUUUCAACGCCGACACCACCUGCCUCGCCAAUCGUCAGAAGAUCAAAGCCGCCAACGCCUCCCAGAAGAUCUUACAAAAUUGAUAAUGCCAGGCUACACGCUGAGCCUUCUCUGACGACAAUUACCGAGGAACCAAACUCCUGGCAUAGUACACAAGAGUCUUGUAUCAUCGUUCAACCGGAGUUGAAAGUUGAAACAACAUCGUCGUGUGGUAAUCAGGUAUGUCGCCAAAUCGACAAACAAGAUCCGAAUAGUCCAUUCUUUUUCCUCUUCUUCUGCAUUUGUUUCUUUACCUUUUUUUUUUUUUUUCAAAUACAAUUUGAAUUGAGAGUGCUUUAAUAUUAUUCACCAUACGCUGUCUAUCCUUAACCGCUUCGUAUUAUACA